GUUUUGUGAUAUUUUUCCUCUUGGCUUUGGUCUCUCUCUGUUUUCAUCUCUGGCGCCGCCGCUCGCUCCCCGCCGGUCGCCUGCCUCUCCUCCCGUGUCCCGCAAAUACCGCGCGCUCUCUUUCUUUCCCAGGCACCGCGGGGCGCCCUGCGUCCACCCCCCCCCCCCCCCCCCCCCCCGCCGCGUUCCACGGCCAUAGCAACGCCGUCAACGGCGCCUGCUCCCACCCCAUCCCACCGUGCUGCGCGGCCACAUCGACGACAGCUGCUUCCACCCUCCCUCCCGCUUCUCUUCUCCCGUAACUGAAAAGGAGAAUCCACAUGUUGAGCUUUGGGACAUUCCAAGUGCAAGGAAGACAUUAAGCUUGCCCCGAUUCAUGGGUGAGCUGUAGCUCACUGUCUUUCAUAUAAUUCCAUGCUUGCUCACCACAUGCUCGAUGAAAUGCCGACGAGGAUCGUUGUACGCAUAGUAUGAUACUUUUUGUUCUUUUCACUAAUAGGAUUGACAAGGAUGUCUAGAAUAUUCUGAUGGAGCAGAUGCAAUUUUUAUUUGUCAAAGGUGCGGCACUCUCAUAUUGUCGAGCAGCAACAAUAAAUUUACUGGUGGUGAUCUUUAGAAAAGGAAAAUGGUUUCUUGUGCUCUAUGUGAUGUUAUUUGCCGUACAAUUCUGCUUUUCCAAUGCUCAGGUCCUAUCCUAACAUGAAUGUGGUUCCAUCUUCAACCUAAGCACCCCGAUUAACUGGUAUGUUCUAACUGCUCGUCGGUGGGAGCGCAGGAGCUGCUGGACCCUUUUUUUGUGGUUCAGUUUUCAGAAGUCCAACAGCGGCAGGCAGCAGCUGCAGCUCUGCGACCUAUUGGCUUUUAUACUAUGUACCAUUAUGAUUCCAUCAAAAACUUGGCUUUCUCCCUCUGUUUUUUAGGAGGAAGCCCACCAUAGCAGGGAUAGUCAUAUCAGCUUGCGCAGGUAAGCAGCAUAGGACCAACAAGGUUUCAAGUGUCAGAGUAUGUGGAAUUUCACUUUCCUGUAACAAUGUGGUAGUCUUUGCUUGCCUAUUAUUUUUUCUAUGUAAUUCCGUGAUUGAUCUUUUGAUGAAUAAUUACUUUAAUUAGGAAAGAUCAUUCCUGUAACAUUUCGAUUGUCAUUAGCGUAGCACUUUCAAGCUUUUAAUUGUUGCUUCUAUAAAAUAGUAGGUGAUGCAAGUCCUCUAGCAAAUCAAGGCUUGGAGGAAAGUCGUUCUUUUUCAGGCAUACUUAAUAGUUCUUUCUUGUCUUUGCAUAAUGACAAUUUUCAGUAAUGAAACUUGGUCGAUUACUUCAAAAAACCAGAUAUUUUUUAGUGUAUUGUCAAAGUUUCCAGUAGCAAUUGGUAUAUUCUAAAAAAUAAGUACGAGCACUAUGUAGAAUAUGUGGUUCUUGGUUGGUUAUUGUGAAAAAGAAAGUUUGAGUAUCUGAUUAGCUUUGCAUUUGUUUUUAUUAUAGACCUAUACCAAGCAAUUCCACCUUUGCCCACUUGUGUAGUCUAAAUUUAUUAGAAUGUGCUUGCGUUCAUACUCGCAACAGAUCGAGGUGCUUGCUUGUUCAAAUUUCUGAUAGUUGCAUUACUAUUGACAAUGUUUCCAUGUGUGCUGAAUCACCAUUCUAUUGCCACCCUGCAUAUUUGAGUACCGGAACAUCUAUGGCCUAAGCCGGUCAAUUGUUGGUUCUGUUACAACCAGCAACAAUGCCCCCCUCCUCCCCAUCCAUUUUGCCUAGCAUCAUCCAGGUACUUCGUUCAGGCAUCUAAUCUUCUUUGCUAAUUUAGAAUAAAAAUGAAAUAAGUUGGUAUUUUACUUUUUUGAUAUAUCCAAGUUUGUGAUGAUCAGCUGAAUUUCCUUGCAACAAAAGGAUGGUGAUAACCAGUUCACUUUGCUAAGAAUGUACAUUUAGAGUUCAUAUUGUUGCCAUUUAUGGGCUGGUUUGGUGGGCCUGCCUAACAUUGAUCCUUUGUGGAUGGGGUAGGCACAAAAGUUGAAGGUGAAAGAGGCCAAAAUACUUGUAUGAUAAGUUUGCAAAAAAUGUAUUUUUAGAUUUUGUAAAUCCUGUUCUGUGUCUUUUAGAUGUUAAUUUUGGUACAUCGGAUUUGACUCAACAAAUUGAUGAUUCCUAUGGUGCCCAAACUUCAAUUCAGUAUGUUCCUACUACUAAUCCUGCAUUUGUUUCUAAAAAUGGGCCAUUCAGAAAAGCUUCCAUCAUUGAUGAAGCCAAGAGAUAGCUUUCUUUUGGCCUUUAAUCUACUAGAGCUAGCAAUUCUUUUGAAAAUUAGAAGCCCAAAAAUAUGUGGUUUUUUUGGGAGUGUUUAGGUGAGUUCAUAAUUUGAAAAGCUUUAUGAAGGAGAGAGGAUACAUGAUGGAGUCUGACAGACUGUCGGCCAGAAAAAGCACCUUGAAAGACCACAUAAGAUCCAGGACAAAGGCCAGCAGGGAAACAAUAAAAGACAAGUUUCAUUGGACAUCGGAAGCAGCAAAAGCACUCGAAGACCUGAAGCACCGUCUCCAGAUCCCGCCAAUCCUCACUGCUCCUUCACCAGGCGAGAACUUGCUACUCUACAUUGAGGCAAUAAACCCAUGUUGUCAGCACAGCUAUCGUGGUCGAGCGACCAGAAGAAGGCCAUGCCUAUGGAGUUAAAAGUCUGGUCUAUUUCAUCAGCGAAGUACUCUCUGAAUCAAAAGUCUGCUAUCCCUCGAUUCAGAAACUACUAUAAGCGAUCUUCAUCACUUCCAGGAAGCUCCGACACUAUUUUUGACGAAUAUAAAGUCAUAGCUGUUACCGAUUUCCCAUUGGCGGACAUACUCCACAAUCGGGAUGCCACUAGACGCAUAUCCAAGUGGGCGGUAGAACUGGGUGCUUUAGAAAUCAAAUUCCAGCCAAAAACCGCCAUCAAAUCACAAGCUCUAGUAGAUUUCCUAGCAGAGUGGUGGGAAAAUCAAAUCUCCGCACCAGUCGAUUGUCCAAAACAUUGGAUAAUGUACUUCGACGGCUCCCUCAAACUAGGGGGCGGCAAUGCAUGGGUACUGUUCAUAUCCCCAAAAGGAGAAGAGCUGAAAUAUGUAUUUCAAAUACUAUUCCCUGUCUCCAAUAACGAGGCAGAAUAUGAGGCAUUACUGCAUGGGCUUCGCCUUGCAAUCUCCCUCAGCAUUAAAAGACUACUCGUCUAUGGCGAUUCCUUACGAGUCGUACAGCAAGUGAAUAAGGAGUGGGACAUCAACAAGGAGACUAUGUACGCAUAUGUCGCAGAAAUCCGAAAACUGGAAAACAAGUUUUCAGGCUUGGAAAUUCACCACGUCAUUCAUGACAACAGCGUGGGAGCUGAUGCACUCUCCAAGCUUGGAUCCGAGCGAGCCAAUGUCCCACCAGGUGUAUUCGUCCAUGAACUACAUCAUCCCUCUGUCAACCUGUCGGGACAGACAACCAUUGACUCAACCACAACAUCAACAAGUCAAGAGGUUAAGAUGGUCGAAGAAGAUUGGAGAACCCUCUUUAUCGACUUCAUCAAAGAAUUCAAGCUACCUCCAGGUGUCGAACUAGACAACACUGAAGUAGCUCGCAUAGUCCGAUACUCCAAGGGCUAUGCUGUCGUUGGGGACAGUUUGUACAAACGUUCAGCCUCCGGGAUCCUCAUGAAGUGUGUCUCCACAGAGAAAGGGAGAGCAAUUCUACGAGAGAUUCAUGAUGGUUCUUGCGGCAACCACGCUGCCUCGAGAACUUUAGUUGGCAAAGCAUACAGAUCAAGAUUUUUCUAGCCAACAGCUUUAACAUACGCUGAAGAUCUCGUUUGAAGAUGCAAAGGAUGUCAGUUCUUCGGGAAGCAAGCUCACAUCACAGCCCAUGACCUGAUUACAAUUCCUCUGUCUUGGCCCUUUGCCUGCUGGAGCCUGGACAUGAUUGGCCCUCUAAUAACAGCACCGGGAGGGUUUACUCACAUCUUAGUAGCAGUCGAAAAGUUUACAAAAUGGAUAGAAUUCAAACCAAUCACCAAAAUCUCAUUAGAUAGAGCAGUCGACUUCAUUUGUGGUAUACUGCAUCAUUUUUUCUUCCCUCAUACCAUCAGCACGGACUUGGGAUCCAAUUUUACUUCUGGAUCAUUCUAGGAGUUCUGCGAAAAUGCCUCCAUCGAUGUCAAGUACGUAUCAGUGGUUCACACACGCGCCAAUGGCCAGGUUGAGCACAUCAAUGGCAUGAUUCUGGAUGGACCAAAGAAAAGAGUCUACGAUGAAAAUACAAAGAAAGGCGGCAAAUAGAUUUAUGAGCUCCCUCACAUUGCUACGUACUCAGCCUAGCAAAGCAACAGGACAAAGUCCAUUUUUUCUUGUCAACGGAUUAGAGGCUAUACUUCCAGCUAACAUCAUGUGGGAAUCACCAAGAUUGGAAACAUACCAAGAAGGAGAAGCAAAUGAAGCUAGACAACUUGAGCUGGAUUCCAUGGAAGAGGUCAGAUGCAAUGCUUUACUUCAGUCCGCUAGAUAUCUCCAAGGAAUCAGACGCUAUCAUGAUCGUAAUGUCCAGCGGAGAUCUUUCAACAUCGGCGAUAUGGUUUUGUGACGUAUCCAAGACUAAACAGGACUACACAAGCUAAACUCCAGAUGGGAAGGUCCGUUUGUCAUCACCAAAGUCACAAGACCAGGAUCAUAUUGACUGGUCGACUUUGAGGGACAAGAUGUGCCAAAUUCUUGGAACAUUGAACACCUACGUCGUUUCUAUCCUUAAAAGAUUGUACGUCAACAUAUGUUUGUUCAAUAAAAGAUGGAAAUUGAAGCACUUACUUUCUUUCAAGGAUAGGGCAAACAAACUUAAAGACAUCCCUUUGGUUACUCAACCAUACUACAGGGUAAAAACCUCGCCAACCUUCCUCUACUCAAUAGAGUGAAAGGUACAGGCAUAUCGGGUACUUUCGGGUCCUUACACCCACUCAAUCUCAAGGAAUCUUCCCACCGAGAAGUCAUGACAUCGAAUUCCUUUCAAAGGAAAGAUAGAUGAAUCGAGUGGUCAUUGGCAUCCACGCCUACUAGAUCCAAACGGAUCACCCCUUAUCCUUUACAGGAUCCCCUACUUAGUAGCUCACACCUUCCUUUGUCAUAUAAGGCGAAGGGCUCUGGUGAAAUCGAGUAGUUCUUGGGUCUCUACACCUACUUGAUCUUCACAAAGAUCUCUACCAGUUCUCACAAUGAGAUCGUUCUACUACCAACCUUUCUCUGCAUUCCAGAGUUAAAGGCACGGGCCAAUCAAGUAGAAUCAGGUUCUUGCGCCUCUUCGAUCCUAACAUGAUCAUUUCUUCCUGCAGCAACUUGUCUUCUCGAAUUCCCAGCCUUUCAAAGAAAAGGAGCGAGAAUCGAGUACUACAGACAAAAGUAUUGCAUGGAACAUAUUACAAACUGACAACAAACACACGAUCGUAGAUACUAAAAACAUGUACUCUACACACAUCAUACAUGCAGUUGCACGCAUGCAUAUAAUCAAAGUUCAAGAAAGAGAAUUUAGCUCUUUUCAUCUUGUUCUGAGCUUUUAACUAUCUUUUCUGCAAUCGGCUUGGCUUCCUCUCGGAACGCAGAGAAUUUCUCUUCAGAACAUUAUGACAUGCCCUCUCCAUGAGGAACUAGAUUUGCCUGAGGCCAGUAUGACUUAAACAGCCCUAAUACUUGCGCCACAUAGAGCUUGGUGUUGUCCGAGAGGUACCCGACAACCUUGGGGAUCUUCUUGAAGUUGCUCCACCAAAGUCUUUGUACUAGGGUUCCCUCUUCAGGCGGAUCAACCAUGUCUACUAUCGUCUGUGUAGCUCUUUUCAGCUCUGAAUACUCAGAAAGCUGUGCCUUCAAGCUCUCGACUUCAUCUACAGAACAAAGAAGACAUUUUUUCAGCUCUUGAGUUCACUAAACAACUCAGCACAAAGCAAGAAGGGAGGUUACCUUUAUGGCUCUUUUUAAUCCCCUCUAUUUUACUGUGAGGAAUUUGAUUUUGCUCUUCGAGUUCUUUCUUUUCAUUCUCCACAUUCUCCACAUCUUUCUUCAGGAGCCACAUUUGACGAGUGCUUUCAUGCUCAAGCUUGUAUAAUUGGUUCCUGACAUCAAGAUAUUUGUCGGUCUGUUCCUUUAAACAGCGCUCCUUAUCCACCAGAAGUUGACUAGCAUCAACAGAAGCCUUCAACUUCUGGGAUUUGAGAUACGAGCGAUUGGCCAUUUCUUUCAAACAGCAUGACAUGCUUAGCACAAGCCUUCUGUAGCAUUAAUACAAGGAAAAAUACUCAAUAGAUACUUACCAUGGUGAUCUUGUAACAAGACUUCAAAUUGUCUUGUAAGACCUUCAGUUUUUCCGGCAUUAACAAUAGAUCAUCGAUCAGAUCUGCCAUUAAAGUCGCUUGCACAGAAGCUGGCAGAGUUGAUAAACUAGUAAUCUGAAGACCUGCUCCCCUUUUUUGAGAGCUUGCACCACCCGGAGCAGAAGCCUUCGCUGGCAGCACAGAAGCACCAACUGUCACUUGUGGCUCCAUAGCCGCCUUUGGAGACACCACCCCCAAUAUUGGUGAAUUCGUGGGGCUUGGUAUCUCUGGACUAGCCAGUGAUUCUGUGGCAACUUCCUGUCGAG